UUGCCAUGGAGACGGAGUAGCAACAGCGCUGUAAGUUCUGAUGGUUCAACAGAAAUUAACGUUCAAAACCUGCUUCAUUCAUCGCACGACACAUGGAGACUGUACUGGAGUCAGAGCGUGAGGAGGAAGUCAGGGGUGGAGAGACAUGGGAGGAGGAGGAAGAGGAGGAGGAGGAGGAGGAGGAAACUCUGCAUGUUUCAGCUCCUCAGGAGCCUCUCCUGAAGUGGGACACAGCAGACGAGCUGUGUCCCGAGUCCUACAGGGUUAACUCCCCCGACGAGAUUCGACUGUUGGCCAUCGCCGACAACUUCCAGCGUCAGUAUUCACACCUGUAUCCUGACCGCAAAUCACUGCUGCUGCUCUGCCCUGUCAACGAAUGUGGUGUGAAGAAGUUUGUCUCCACGACUCUUCGGCCCACGAUGACAAUCUACCCUGAACUUUUCACCUGGGAGGGCUGUGCCUCCUUUGUGGCUGACUUCCUGUCUCUGGUCCCUUUGGAGCCGCCUGUGGACCUGCCCAGGUACCUGUUCUCCCCCAGCUCGGUGCUGCAGAGUCAGAGAGCCACAUGUUUUGAAUCUGCCGCCCUGCUGUGCAGCCUGCUGCUCGGCGCCCACUACGACGCCUACUGUGUCAGCGGCUACGCUGUCAAACAGAUGUGUCUGCUGGACCAGAGCCUGCAGGAGUGCCCCCUGCAGGACACUGAGGUCAAGAGUGUGACCUCAGAGCAGGAGCCACAGGAGAACAAAUACACAGUGAAACAUGUGAGGGAGCUGAAGAGUCACUUUCUGAUGCAGCAAGAGAAGAAGAAACAGGAUGCGGAGGCUGCAUCACUUCAGAAACAAAAACUCCAGGAGGACAGUGAGCAGCGACCUGCCGAACCCCUGCAAGGACUGUGGGUGCACUGUUGGGUGCUGGUGCUGUCAGGGAGUCGGAGCGUCGAGGAGAACUUCUUCAUCGACCCCCUGACCGGGAGGAGCUACAGCACUGAUGAUGACAACUUCCUGGGCAUCGAGAGCGUGUGGAACAAUCACAACUAUUAUGUCAACAUGCAGGACUGCAGGAACGGCUGUGCUGAUAUGGUGUAUGACCUGGAAGAUUUAAAGAUGUGGGAGCCAGUCCUGUACGGUGCAGCCAGUAAAAGGCAGCUGAUUCUUGACAUUGUGAAGGAACAGGAGAGGGAGAUGAUGAGCAGAAUAAACGAUGGUGAUGAGGAGGAGGAGCAGUCCAGAGUUCUUAAGAUGCCACGAUCCUGGGUCAGUUACAUCAAAGUCUCAGAAAAAGACCUGGAGACCCGCUGGCCCGAAGGACAGAAGGUGACUCACUACAGAAAAGCAAAGCUGGAGAGGUUUGCACUGUACCUGAGGUCAGACGGCCUGGUCACACGACUGACUACAUACAAAGACCUGGACUGCACAGAGGUCGUCAUGGUGAAGGAGUGGUAUCAACACAGAAAGGACCACCUGGAGGAGCGGGAGGUCAACAAGGUCGAGAACUUCACCUCAGAGCGCUUCAAACGUGGAAGAAGCUUCCACCUCUUAUUUCACAGGUACACAUCGUCCAGCACAGGCACAGAACACGAGAUGGAGUUCGGCAGUGCUCAUCUUGACAAUUUGGUGCGGAGGGUAAAGUCACCAAGUUAGAUGACGGAGACCUUCGAGGGCCGGGGGGACUUCCUCUACUAUCGACAUGUCGUCCUCGGUCGACACGUCCAGUUCUCAGAACCAGAUGUGGACACCGAUCCAGAUGACCGACCGCUGCUGAAAAUAGUGGAGCGUUUCCAUAGGAACAGAUCCAAACCGGCCAGCGAAGACGUGGCCGAGCGAGUGUUCCUGUUAGCUCAAAGACGCAUCGAGGUGACCUAUCACUUAGGGGAUCACAGAUUUAUCCCUUCAAAGAGGAGCUUCACCAAACCCCGAGAGUCAACAGAACAAAAGAAGGCCGGGGUCUUCACAUCUCACAUGGUCACCAGCUUCCAGGUGGAUCUGUCUGAGAAGCCUCUUCAGACUCUGACUCUGUAUGAGAUGCUGGCGGCUCUGAUGACGGACGAGGAGGAGGCGGUUCUCCAAAUCAAAGCGUCUAAGAAGGAGCUGCCAGACAUUGUGGCCUGUAGAGAGCAGGAGGAGGGAGACGUUCAGCUUGACUUCUCCCCGUGGACGACAACAGGAGCUGCCAGGGCCCGCAGCCAGAGACAGGAAAUGGAGCGUGUGGCUGCAGAGGAGCAGAAGUGGCUGCAGGAGAAGGAGAAGGACAUCCUGGCUCCCCACCUCAUCCGGCUGGGCAACAAAGAGACUCUGAGUGCCGAAGACGCCAGGCAGCUCCACCAGGACUGCUUGACCGAGUUUAAACAAAGACUGGUGGAGCACGCCAAUCUCAUUCAGGAACACUAUGAAAAGGAGACGCGGGAGCUGCAGAGGAAACAGCAGUGGUACCAGAAGAACCAGCUCCACAUGACGAAGGAGGAGGAGGAAGAGUACCAGACCUACUGCUCUGAGAAAACACUACAAAUACAUGUUGCCAAGAAACGCCUCGUCAUGCACAAGGAAGCAGCUUCUCAGAAGUACCAAACUCUUGAUCAGAAGCUGAAACGAGACCCCCGACUGGCCCCUCACCUGCUCGGCUGAGCCUGACACCCGCCAUCUAAGAUAUUUCUACUGGAGGAGUGGAUUUAAUGAGUUAUUAUCUCUAUCGUCUGUACCCUGUGAAGAGUCUCAUGUCUGGAGCAGUUAGACACAUUUCAAAUAACAAAAAUCAAGAACUGAAAAUAUUUCCAGCAGUGCUGCGAAACAUAUAUUUCUAACAGUUUGUAUCUAUGAAUGAUAAUGUGUCUCAGUCUGUUCAUCUGACGCCUGUGUGCACCUCAAAGUGCCUUUAAAAGCAGCAGCUGGAUUUACAUCAAUGUGUUUUGGAUCUUUACAGUCCUGAUGAGUCCCAAUAUCUUGAGUGACUCCCGUGUGUAAGUUGCACUAAAGAUGAUAAGACACGUUCACCAGAGUCAGCAUUAUUAACGAGUAGGUUUUCACCUAGGCCAGGGGUCGGCAACCUUUACUAUGCACAAAGCAUAUUUUAACCUUAUAAUGAAGGUAUCUAAAUCAGCUGAUCAACUUUACUAAAGGCUCCAAACGAGCAUUCAUUAAUAUCUUAAAGUGGCUCCUCUGCAGUGGGCUAUCCAUGAUAAUCUGCUGCUUUAACUUUGCAGCGUUGGCCAUGAAAGCAAAAAAAAAUCUCUCCUCACACUAUUGAAUUCUCUGUUUUCCUUUUUUGAAUUUGGAAUCAAUCGUUAGCCUCACUAGGAAGAGUCAAAAUGAGCCACCGCCAUUAAGGUGUGGCAAAAUGUAGAGGAAAAGGUGCCAGGUCGUAGACGUACGACGCACAUUUAAGUUGAAGAAAUGUUAAAAAAAGAAAUGUUUUAACGGUAUAUUGGCUUCACAUUUUUACAGUCGGAGAAUGUAAG